AUGGUACAGCGUCAGCUCAACAACCUUCGCAGGACAGUUCCAGAAUCCGAGAACGACAGGCAGUUCUAUCGUCAGCAAAUGUCUGAACUGUCCAACGAGUUACAGGAUUUGGGUUCUACGUUAGAGAAGAUGGAGCGAAAUGCAUACUAUGCAAGACGAAGAAUGUUAAGACACUACGGAACCGAUUUCGGUAGCACGGGAGCCCUUCACCUUUCUUCUUCCCAUCCAGCUAUAUAUUCCUCCAGUGAAACUUUAAGCCAGUCUUCAGGAAGGAAUAGCCUCAAGAAGAAGGUUUACCAUAUGAUGUCUUCGCCAACCGAGAAGCUCAGGAAGAGGCAUCUGUUUGGAGAACUAAGGGCUGUAGCAUCGUUGUCAUCAUUGAAUAUUAAAUCAACUUCCCACGCGAGCUGUGAAGACGUCAACAUCUCCAAGGAUGCGAAACCGUGGAAAGGACCGUUCAAGUUUUUAGGAAACUUAAUGGAUUCCCGUAUUCGCAGGAAACUUUGGGGAUCCACAAAACGGAUCAAGUCCGAAGACAAUAUCCUCGAAGAGAAAAAGGCCAGCAGUUCCUUGGAUAUCAGCAAAGACUGUAAUGGAUUCAAUACAUCCGGGACUGAGGAUAACUUGUCGUCCUCCUCCUCCUCAGAAUCCAGCGAUGAGGAAGAGGUGGAAGAAUCCGAAAAAUGGGUGUCAACUGUUCCGGCAAAGCACGUGUGGAAAGCUCCCGUUGUUAGAAAAGUUGCUAGCAGUCAACGCGCACAAAUCGAUCCAGCUAUCUUGGCAGAGAUUGAGGAUUUUGAGAAAAUGGCAGCUCAGUACAUCAGCCAACAUUCGUAAUAUCAUUCAACUUGAUAUAAAUAUACUUCAGCCAUGAAAAAAAUUAAUCUUAAAGUAACAUUAUUAGACGCAAAGAAAAUGGUUACGUCAUGAAUGCAUCAUAACACUUGACUUUUCUACAUCCGACAAGUCCUGAGACAUCGUUAUGAAAGAGACUACCGUAAUGUGAAUAAAAUUUUGCCAGAAGAAACUGGUGCAGAAUCUUAAACUGAGCACAGAGCAACAAUUUCCCAUAUGCAGUUUAAAUUCUGUAAUUUAUAGUUUGGAAUUCGAUAAACGCUUAUCACACGUGUAGCUAUUUGGAACAACCAAUUUUUUAGAGCAACUUUUACACCGACUUUUUCAUUGAAACAAAUUCUUGCAUAUCCCCCCUGCCUUGCGAACGCGUUUGCUAUUUUUCAAUCAAUUAGUUAUCAAUAUAUAAGAUUACUGAUGUGUGUUAGAAACUUAUAUACUAGUAAAUUUACAUACAUUCUGCAUUAUUCUUCAUAUUGGCUUAAUUCCAAAUACUAGUCAAACCCUCCAGCUCGCCAGACAAAUUUCUGACUCUUUUUUGACUAACAAAAUCAGAACACUAUUAUCAUUUACGUGUUCCGCCCUAAAGUACUUCACGGAAAGGAGAGAUGCCUUCGUGGAUGACUUUCUAAGGGAAGCUGACUCGUAUUAACACGUUACACAUGGGGAAAACCACGAAAACGCCUAUGCAGCCAGCCCGUCCGCGGGAUUUGAACCUCGUACCUAACUACCAGUGUUCAGGGGUUUUACCGCUCGGCUGCUCGUGGAACAAUUAGAACACUACAGCUACAUAUAGAAAUGGGUGAGACACUGGUCGUACAGCCAAAGCUCCACCGCUUUUUUCAGUUCAGUUCUGCACCAGAACACUCGAGGAAGGGGAUGAGUUCAAUUCUGCACUACUUGACUACUUGACUACUUGACUACAGAAAAGGAAGAUAUGACACACCAGAAAUUUAACACUAGUUGCACAAGUACUCUCCAACCACACCAUCUGUGCAACUCCACCCCAGUUUUGAUGGAAAAAGCCACAUGCCUUCCUCCUCUAUCAUCAAUCCACACGAAAUUACUUUUGAUUCGCCAGUAUUUUAAAUGCCUCCUUACCACACAGACACUGUACAUUUACAAACAACCGUGCCUUUUCCGUGACUAACGCUACACUGACCGCUACACCAAUCAGCGUGAGACUAGAGGAAUACAGUUAGAAGUGGGCGGAACACCAAAAUUGGACCACUGGUCGUACAGGUAUACUCUCACUGCAAUAACUGGGAAUCUGCGCUUUAAUUUCGGUGAUGAAAAUCACAAAGAGAGCAUCCCAAGAAUCUCCCGCUCUUCUUUCCCAACCAUCAAACCAAUAGAAAAUACGGAUGGAAAAAUCCGCUCUUUUAUGGCAUCGAAUCAGAACUGUCUCUCACUGAAAUAUAUCAUCUCUUUUUUAUGACUUGCCACUCAUUAGAAAUAACCUUAGUGAAAAAGAUCCGGAACGAGCGGUGAACAAAGAGCGGUUAUCAAGGAUGGAGCGAAGAGUGGAAAGAAUCGAAAGAGCAGUGGGAUCGGAGCCGAUUAGCGAAGUUGGAACCAGAAUGAAAACGAAUCGAAUCAGGAGUGGGAUCGGAAGAAUAUAUUUAAAGCUAACUACCUGAACUGAUUUCUUUCUAGUUUUCAGAUUCCGUAAAACUUCCUUUUUGCACAGAACUAACAAUAAAAUUCUAUAUUAAAAAAAUUUCUAAGAAGUUGGGAAAUGAUAAAAAUUAAACUCACUUUUUAACAUGGUAGGAUAAACAUUCUUUUCUUCCCUGAAAUGAGAAUCGAACUUUUCUGGCAUGCUUCCAGCUUCCUUCUAUUUCUUUUCCUAGAAUCUGAAGUUCGCUCGCUCUGUAAAGCGAAUAAGCUCAUUAAAGAACAGCAGGUCUUUAUUCCUGGCAUGCUUCAAAUUAAAUUUCUCAGCGAUAUGUAAAAGAGCUCGUUACUUAAAAUAAAACUUACAAAAUACAGUAACUGCCAUUAUUAUAGCUUCUUGGAAAAAAAAAAAAAAGGUAAUUACAACAAUUAAAAUUCGUGUUUCUAUAGAAAUUUAAAAAUGGUUGAUUGUUUUUCCACCACUCGAAAAUUCAGGACAAGUUGCGCCAUAUUGUUUAUGCCCAAAAUAUCUUCCUAUGUGACUUUUAUAGUCUUUUUCUGUGACGCUUUAGAAAUUAUUACUUUGUAUUUUAGCAUUUUGUUACUUUUGUGUCAUAAUUACAUCUUUAUAUAUUGUUGAUUUUAAAAUGUAAAAAUAAAAUGUUAUUGCUUUUGAA